UUGAGUGAUUUCACUCUUCCACUUUCAAUGCAUCCACAGGAUAUACUUGCAUCGAAUAGUUUCCUCUCGGCUGACUGGCUCCACUUUUUACCCGCUGAUUCGUUCUACGUCACCGUCGAUGGCAAAGUUGUGGACUGGAGAAGAUUUGGUUCGUUGCUUCGUUCAUUUCGGAUUCAUCGUUCUACAAAUCAGCUAAUGUGCCGCGAUUUGUCCGGCCGACGACUUGUUGAUAUAAAAGAGGAAGAGAAGCUGCGCAAGUGGAUUGAAAAAGCAGGGGAGAGGGAAGAAGAGAAACGCCGGCGAAGGCAAGAGAAGUACGAAAAAUUGAAGUCGGGGCCACCAAAACAUGAUUUCAAUGACCCGAAUUUCAUCGAAACACGGGAGAAGAUCCUGGAGGAAACCGACGAAGCAUUUGAUGCUGGAAUUGCUGCUGUCAAAGGUCUGAAAAGCUGCAAGGAAGAUGAACUAAGACCUCCGAAACUGGAAUUUGUGAAGACCGUAGAAGAUGAUGUAGUUGUUGGACAUGGGAGUAAGAGAAAGCAGAUAAGCGAUACUGCGGAAUGCAAGAGGCCAAAACUAGAAGAUCACAGUUGUGGCACAUCUGCGGUCGCAGCGGUCAAUUCGACGAACGCUAAGGACGAUACGACCAAUGACAUAACGCCAGUAAAUCUGAAAAACGACAACGAAGAAAGAUCGAUCCCGUUAAUUCCCCGAAAAUGCGAGUCAAGUGAGAAAGCAGCCAUCGUGUUCGAGGAUAUCAAUCUGGACGAUUACAACAGCUCAGAGAGUUUGCAGCAUUUGGGACUUGACCAUUUAAAGCACGCUCUUGAAGUGCGUGGUCUGAAGUGUGGUGGUUCAUUGGCAGAACGAGCAGCACGACUUUAUUCGGUGAAAGGCCUAAAGCCGGAACAGUUCCCGAAGAAUGUUCGUGCAGGAGGCAAAGCAAAAAAGAAAUGA